AUGGCGGCCCGGCUGCUGCGCGCGCUGCGGCCUUCUGCGCCCCGCGCCCUCCUCCCCGCGCCGGGCCCGCGCUGCAGGUAUCAGGCGGGCCCGGAGGAGGGCGAGACGGCGGAGCUGCUGGCCCUGGGCUUCGACCGGGCGCAGGCCCGGCGGCUCCGCCUGCUGCAACCGGGGCUGGAGCCGCAGAGGCGGGCGGAGGCGGCGGCGCAGCUGCUGCUGCUGGGGCUGAGCGAGGAGGCCGCGCUGGGGCUGCUGGAGCGGAACCCGGGGCUGCUGCGGAUGGCGACCGCGCGGCUGAAGGAGCGCGCCGAGUACCUGCGGCGGCUAGGGCUGGAAGGAGCGCGGCUGCAGAGCGCGGCGGGCCGCUGCCCUGAGGUGUGGACGCUGCCCCGGAGGAGGAUGGAGGCGGUGGUGCGGCUGCUGCGGGAGCGGUGUCUGUUCACGGCCGAGCAGCUGGCCGAGCUGCUGCGGAGCUGCCCCGAGGUGCUGCUGGAGGAGCCGGACCGCGUGCAUCAUCACUUCCAGUACGCGUACUUCAGGAUGGGCGUCCGGCAGAAGGAGAUGGUGAAGGCCCGGCUGUUCUGCACGCCCUUCGCCGAGCUGAGGAACCGCCACAUCUUCCUGGAGCGCCGCGGGAUUUACCGCACCCCGCACAAAGGCCAGACCCAGAGCAACAACCCCGUGCUGCGGGACGUGCUGCGGCCAAGCGAGGGCGACUUCGUGGCCGGCGUAGCCCGAGCCUCAGCCGAGGAGUACGAGGUGUUCAAGAGGCUGCUGGCCCGGGAGGAGGAGGAGGAGAUGGAGGAUGAGGAAGAGGACGAGGAGGAAGAGGAGGGUAGCGCUGCACUGCACGCAGAGGGAGACGAUAGGGACUGGCACCGAUAAGGACAGUGCCGAGCCCUCCCGAGCUGCCCCCUGUCCACCCCCCCCCAGUGACCAGCUGCUCCACAGAAUAUACCGUUUCUAUAAAGUGUUUUUAUUUAUUUAUUAAAAAAAAAAAAUCAAA